ACCACUAGGUCGGCAGAGGCAGGAAAUCGGGGCUGGUCCCGGGCGGCGCGCAGCCCGGUCCCUAUCUCGGCUCCACCGCGCGUUCCCCACCCCACCCCCUGCCCCCGGGCCUCGCCAUGGACUCAGCGGAGACAGAGCUAACCCCAGCUCCUGAGGGCAGGAAGAGAUACAGUGACAUCUUCCAGAGCCUGGACAACCUCGAGAUAUCAUUGGGGAACGUGACUUUCGAUCCCCUGGCUGGAGACCCUGUACUCAGAGAAGACCUGGAGCCUGACAAGGCUGACACCGCCACAGUAGUGACUGAGGAGAACAGUGAAGCCAGUUGUUGGAGCGAUCCCUCCCCAGAAGGUCCUGUACCCCUCACAGAGGAAGAACUGGAUUUGCGACUCAUUCGGACCAAGGGUGGUGUGGAUGCUGCCCUGGAGUAUGCUAAAGCAUGGAGCCGCUAUGCCAAGGAGCUGCUGGCCUGGACAGAGAAGAGAGCCAACUAUGAGCUCGAGUUUGCUAAGAGUAUCAUGAAGAUCGCUGAGGCUGGCAAGGUGGCCAUUCUCCAGCAGAGCCAAAUGCCACUCCAAUACAUCUACACCUUGUUUCUGGAGCAUGACCUGAGCUUGGGAGCCCUGGCCAUGGAAACAGUGGCCCAGCAGAAGAGAGACUACUACCAGCCUCUGGCAGCCAAAAGGAUGGAAAUUGAGAAGUGGAGGAAGGAAUUCAAGGAACAGUGGCUGAAGGAGCAGAAGCGCAUGAAUGAGGCGAAGCAGGCACUGCGGCGUUCCCAGCUCCAGUACAUUCAACGCAAAGAGGACCUGAGGGCACGCUCCCAGGGGUCCCCUGAGGACCCUCCUUCCCAGGCAUCUCCUGCAUCCAACAAGCAACAGGAACGCAGACGGCGCUCCCGAGAGGAGGCACAGGCCAAGGCACAUGAGGCGGAGGCUCUGUACCAGGCUUGUGUCCGGGAAGCCAAUACACGCCAGCAAGAUCUGGAGACCGCUAAGCGGCGGAUAGUGUCGCAUGUACGAAAGCUGGUGUUGCAAGGAGACGAAGUGCUUAGGCGGGUGACACUGGGUCUGUUUGAACUUCGAGGGGCUCAGGCAGAGCGAGGACCCCGCUCCUUCUCUGCUCUGGCUGAGUGCUGUGUGCCCUUUGAACCUGGCCAGCGCUACCAGGAGUUUGUUCGGACACUGCAACCUGGGGCCCCACCACCACCAUCUCCCGCCUUCUACUUUCAGGAGUUCACACCUGCCGUGCACAGUUUCCCUCAGGACACAAAAAAGAAGUUUUCGGGGCCUCUACCUACAAGGCUGGAGGAGGAUUCCUCUGAGCUUGGCCCUUGGGAGGUUGCCAGCUUAGGCAGCCAGGGGAUCCCAGGCAGUGAUGUGGACAGUGUAGGUGGUGGCAGUGAGUCUCGGUCCUUGGAUUCUCCCACUUCCAGCCCAGGUGCUGGGGCCCGCCGGCUUGUAAAGGCAUCAUCCACAGGCACGGAGUCCUCAGAUGACUUUGAGGAGCGAGACCCUGAUCUGGGGGAUGGGAUGGAGAAUGGAGUAGGCAGUCCCUUCAGGAAGUGGACACUGUCCACAGCUGCUCAAACCCACCGACUACGGCGGCUGCGGGGCCCCGCCAAGUGCCGAGAAUGUGAAGCCUUCAUGGUCAGCGGGACUGAGUGUGAAGAGUGCUUUCUGACCUGCCACAAGCGCUGCCUGGAGACCCUCCUCAUCCUUUGUGGACACCGACGGCUUCCAGCCCGGAUGGCUCUCUUUGGGGUUGACUUCCUACAACUCCCCAGAGAUUUCCCGGAGGAGGUACCCUUUGUGGUUACCAAAUGCACAGCUGAGAUAGAGCACCGUGCCCUGGGCUUGCAGGGUAUCUACCGGGUCAGUGGGUCUCGGGUACGUGUGGAGCGGCUGUGCCAGGCCUUUGAGAAUGGCCGAGCACUGGUAGAGCUGUCAGGGAACUCUCCUCACGAUAUCACCAGUGUCCUCAAGCGAUUUCUUCAGGAGCUCACUGAUCCCGUGGUCCCCUUCCACUUCUACGACGCCUUCAUCUCUCUGGCAAAGACCCUGCAUGCAGACCCUGGGGACGACCCUGGGACCCCCAGCCCCAGCCCUGAGAUUAUUCGCUCGCUGAAGACCCUCUUGGUGCAGCUGCCUGACUCUAACUACAGUACCCUGCGGCACCUGGUGGCCCAUCUCUUCAGGGUAGCCGCUCGGUUUGAAGAAAACAAGAUGUCUGCCAACAAUUUGGGAAUUGUAUUUGGGCCUACACUGCUGCGGCCACCAGAUGGACCCAGGGCCACCAGUGCCAGCCCCGUGGCCUGUCUGCUGGACUCUGGGCACCAGGCUCAGCUUGUUGAGUUCCUCAUUGUGCACUAUGAGCAGAUCUUCGGGAUGGAUGAACUCCCUCUGGCCUCUGAGCCCCUGACCCAAGACCCUGGCUUGGCUCCUGCACUCCUUGAAUCCAGUCCCCAGCACCCAGCCUCACUUCUUGCCCAAGACACACAGCCGCUGACCAUAGCCUCAGUUUCCAGCCCAGACCCCAAACACCACAGUGCCCUGGAGAAGUGUCCCGAGGUCACAACUCCUGAGCUUGCAACUCUGCAGAGGGACCAAAGGGAAGAGGAGGUGGAAGACACCAGAGAUGGGGCAGGGGAUGGGUCCAGCCACUACCCUGAGGAUGUGCUCCUGGGAGCACAAUCCCGGGGCCACUUCAGCCGCCAGCCAGUGAAGUAUUCCCGGGGAGGUGUGCGACCAGUUACUCAUCAACUCUCCAGCCUGGCUCUGGUGGCCUCCAAGCUGUGUGAGGAGACUCCCGUCAUUGUCUCAGCAGUGCACCGAGGUAGUCUGAGGGGACGAGGUCUGGGCCCUGUUGCUGCCUCCCCUGAAGGCAGCACCCUGCGCCGGAACCCUCUACCCAAGCACUUUGAGAUCACCCAAGAGACAGCCCGGCUACUCUCCAAACUGGACAGUGAGGCUGUGUCCAGGACCACCUGCUGUGCUGACCCAGAGCCUGAGGAGUCUGAGGAGCGUCUCUGACCACCCACCAUCCUUGAGGGACCCAGCACUCAUGCUAUGUCUUCCUACCUGAUCCAACCUGGUGACCAAACCAAUUCAGUGGGGUGUGGGGAGAGAUGGGGUUACCAGAGAGUUCAGGUAAUGAAGAUUACCCACCUGUGGACGUCCUAAGACACUUGGUUGAAAUGUCCCAACAUAUCCCUGCCAGAGGAGAUUUAAACAGCUAGGCAACACAGGUGAUGGUAUUUCGGGGUCAAGACUCAAUGGUCCAUACAGGUCAGUAGGUCCUUGGGGUCUACCCCAAUCUCUGACCUCUGAGGCAGGUAACUGACUAUUCCUGGUCCUACUACACUUGCCUCCUUGAAAGACUCCAAGUGAAUAGGUGGCUGCCAUUCAGCGCUGUCACUUUCUUUUACUCCUUUCUUUCAUUUUUUGUUUGUCUGUCUGUUUUGAGCCAAGUCUCAUUGUGUAGCUCUGGCUGGUCUGGAGCUCCCUUUGUAAAACAGAAAUCCUCUGCCUCCCAAGUGUUGCCCAAAUCUGUGUUCUUACAACCUCCAAAUAAAACCGUGUCCUGUGGCCCGCAGGAUGGCUGAGCA